UCAUGGCCUCAACACCUACCACAACCACGGCCGGGACGGCGGAUAUAGACGCACUCUUGACGGCGUACCUCGAGCUCUUACAUACAUAUACCACGCUGCGAAGUAAACUCACAGCGCUUCAAUCAUCCACAUCCCUCUCCCUCGCCCGCGCAAAUUCCACCACACCACACCACAUGGCCUACACACCCACCACCAACGCCAAACUACGCCCAACCAUCCGCCUACACACCCCGCACCGAGACGACACAUUCGCACUCCUCCCCGUCCCCAUCCAUCCCACCCCCCCUCCCACCUCCAGCACUGAGCGCCCUGCAGCCCAUGCUGCUCCCUGCUCGGACGAUGCUGCCCACCACCCGCAUAAACACACAAUCCCGCACUCAACGCCAGAGGGACGGGCACCACCACCGCUGCCGCACUUGUUCGGCGUCCUCCCGACACCCUCCUUGCGGGGAGCGCAGGCCUCAGCCAUGCUGGCACUGGGGGUUAUGGUACAGGUAGCCGCGGUCGAAGUCAAGAUGCGCGCUGUCGAGGUUCAGGUGCGACGAGCGCGGAAGCGCGCUCGCAAGGCUGGGAAGGGACGGGAGGGGGGGGGAGGAGGGGUGUGA